AUGGAGACCUGUAGCUUUGCCAGGAUAAUCAGAUUGCAGGACCUAGCUAUGUACCGGCACAAGUUGUGCUCUCUAGUCUUCAGACUUUUGCCCAGGCUGCUGCUAGGCUUCCCUCCCAGCUCACUCAGGAAAUUCUUCAGAGACGAACAUGUUCCUGUGGCACUGACCGAGACCAAAAUGGCGGGCACAUUGCCGGAGCUGCCGCAGGACAUCUUGAUGGCUAUCUUUGCCGCUCUCGAGAUCCCUGACCUCGUGCGCGCUGCCUCCGUCUGCUCAUCCUGGCACUCCGCUUACGCCGAGCUACGCACCCUUGGGAGGAACAAGCAGGGCCAGACGCCUUGCCUGGUCUACACCUCUGAAUCUGAUCCUGAUGAUGUUUUGUCCCUCUACAGCCUUGCCGAGAAGAGGUCCUACAAGUUAACUCUGCCGCAGCCACCUAUGCGCAGCAGGUAUUUGAUUGGGUCCUCACAUGGCUGGCUUGUUACCGUCGACGAGAGGUCUGAGAUGCACCUUCUGAAUCCAAUCACCUGUGAACAGAUUGCUCUCCCUUCAGUGACCACCAUUGAGCAUGUGAAGCCCAUAUUUGAUGACUACGGUGAUGUCUGCAACUAUGAGAUGUCACGGCACACUGGAACGCGCAGCAAUCGUAAACCGCCAUCCAUCUUCGCUCUUGCCGAGCUGAGGGAUAGACUCCAGUGGAAGGCAUUUGUAUUUCCUGAUACAUCCACAGGAAGCUACAUUGUGGUGCUCAUCCACAAUCCACAAGCUCAGCUCUCAUUUGCAAAGGCAGGGGAUGAUAAGUGGACCUGGCUUCCGCCUCAUUAUCUUUACGAGGACUGCAUUUACAAGGAUGACAUAUUGUAUGCAGUGAAUAUAAAAGGAGAAUUCCACGCAUUCGAUCUUAGUGGCCCUGUGGUCACUGUGAAGACGAUUAUAACAAUUCCUGAGCAUUAUGAUUGCGAUACUAGGUACAUCGUUCAAGCUCCAUGGGGCAGUCUGCUACUCGUGUUUAGAAUAGUUCAUGACCAUGAUUUAGAACCUCAUCCUGGUGCAUCUGAGUACUGGAACACAUCGGAAAUUAAAAUAUGUGAGAUUGAUGCUCUAUGGACUGAAAUUAAGGCGAUCAAUUGCCUGCGUGACCAUGUGUUAUUUCUUGGUCAUAAUCUAUCGCAAUGCCUCAGUGUUAAUGAAUUUCCUGCUCUCAAGGCAAAUCAUUCCUAUUUUACCGAUGAUAAUUUUCUAUGGACAGUGGGACAUAAGAAUAAUCAUCGUGAUAUGGGAAUUCUGAACUUGGAUGAUAACAGCAUGGAGGAAAUUUUGUCUCCUCAGCUUUGCUCCAACUGUCCGGCUCCAAUGUGGAUUACUCCUGAUCUUAGAAAAAUGAACCUGAUGGGCUCAAUGAGCCAACAACUGUGA